GACAUUAUUAAGUACAUUUAAUAUUUGCCACGUAUAAUAAUAAAUAAAUUUUCAUACAUUCUGUUAUAAAUUUAAAAUUGUACAUAUUAUAUUAAGACUUUAAACUUUUUUUAACAUUUGAAACACCUGCUAAAAAACUAUAAAUUCUGUUACUUACAGUGCACCCUGUGCCUUAAUCAAAACAAUGCAAACAGAUGAAGUCGUCAAAAGCAGAAAAUACUAAUAAAAAGUAAUAUAGGGAAAACUGUUGAAAGAUUGUAGAUAGAAGGAACUGCAACAAAAAAAUUUCACAAGAGAAAUUUACGGAAAGCUGCAAUUAAACGUUUGUCAAGACUUUAAAAGAUAUUAAAAAGUUUAUUUUUAUAAAAAUAUUUGAAAAGUGAAAUAGCAAGCACGGUUUAAAAUUGAAAAGCGGUGCUUGCAAACACUGAAAAAGGCAACCAGAAAUACGAAGUGAAAAAAUAUGGCUUGUGCAGCAACUUCUGGCAAAGAAUCGACGACUGCAGUGAAUACUUCAAAUGGUAAUGCUAGUGUAAUUGGAGCAAGCGUUGUUGGAAAUACAAACACUGUUGGUGCAGCCGGAUUAGUGAAUAGUGCAGGGGGCGGCGGUACGGUAGCUAGUGCCACGACAGGUGCUGGCGUUGCGGGUGGAGCAGGUGCUGGCAGUGCCGUAGGCGGCAAUAGUGGCGGUGUUAGCGGAAGUAGUGGCGUUGCGGGAUCCAACGGCUCAUCAGGUGGAGCUACAGGCAAUUCUAAUGCUAAUCGGCAGGCACGUUUCGCUAUGGAAGGUGUCGGUGCACGUGUAAUACGUGGCCCGGACUGGAAGUGGGGCAAGCAGGAUGGUGGCGAGGGUCACGUAGGCACCGUACGCAACUUCGAAUCUUCCGAGGAGGUGGUUGUCGUGUGGGAUAACGGCACUGCGGCCAAUUAUCGCUGUGCCGGUGCAUACGACCUACGCAUUUUAGACAGCGCGCCGACCGGCAUUAAACAUGACGGCACAAUGUGCGAUACCUGUCGUCAGCAGCCAAUAUUUGGUAUACGUUGGAAGUGUGCCGAAUGUAUUAAUUACGAUCUAUGUUCGAUCUGUUAUCAUGGUGAUAAGCAUCAUUUGCGUCAUCGCUUCUAUCGUAUCGCCACACCAGGAGGCGAACGCAUUAUGUUAGAACCACGUCGCAAAUCGAAGAAAGUAGCGGUCCGUGGCAUAUUUCCGGGUGCACGUGUAGUACGUGGCGUCGACUGGCAAUGGGAAGAUCAAGAUGGUGGCGUCCUACGUCGUGGCAAAGUGAAUGAAAUACAAGAUUGGUCCUCAGCAUCGCCGCGUUCAGCUGCUUAUGUUGUGUGGGAUAAUGGCGCAAAGAAUUUGUAUCGUGUAGGUUUCGAAGGCAUGGCUGAUUUGAAGGUGGUUAAUGAUGCUAAAGGCAAUACGGUUUACCGCGAUCACUUGCCGUUGUUGGGUGAAAAUGGACCCGGCAAGGGACCACAUGGCUUUCAGAUUGGUGAUAAAGUCACCGUUGAUUUGGAUUUGGAAAUUGUACAGUCGUUGCAACACGGACACGGCGGCUGGACUGACGGCAUGUUUGAGUGCCUCAAUAAUCCCGGCAUAGUUGUGGGUAUCGAUGAAGAUCACGAUAUUGUGGUUGCCUACAAUUCAGGCAAUCGUUGGACUUUCAAUCCCGCAGUAUUGACAAAAGUAUCAUCACCUACAACGGCACCACCCGAGUUCCAAGUAGGUGAUAUUGUGAAGAUAUGUUCCGAUGUGGAGAGUAUUAAAAUGUUGCAGCGUGGCCAUGGUGAAUGGGCAGAUGCUAUGCAGCUGACACUUGGCAAAUUGGGGCGUGUACAGCAAGUUUAUCACGAUAACGAUUUGAAGGUGGAAGUGGGCAACACCUCAUGGACAUAUAAUCCACUUGCCGUUACAAAAGUGGCUUCAGCCUCUGCUGACGGCAGCUGUGUGCCCGUUAUUUCGAGCGGCGAACGUUUGUCUGCUAUUUUGAAGAAACUUUUCGAACCGAAUGUGUCUGGUGAUGCCACCGAGGAAUUUGUUAAAGCCGCCGCUAAUGGAUAUGCAUCACGCUGUGAGGAGUAUCUAUCUGGCAAUGUACAGGCGGCCACAUCCACCGCCGCAGGAGCUGCCGCUGCCGGCGCACAGGCCACCGUGCCCGAUGUAAAUGGCGUAUUCGCCGGCCACACUGCGCUACAGGCAGCCAGUCAAAACGGACACACAGAUGUGAUACAAGUGUUGUUGCAUCACAAUGUCGAUGUGGAAAUCGAGGAUAAAGAUGGCGAUCGCGCAGUGCAUCAUGCUGCAUUCGGCGAUGAGCCAGCUGUAAUUGAGAUACUCUCUAAGGCAGGCGCCGAUUUGAAUGCACGCAAUAAGCGACGUCAGACAGCGCUGCACAUUGCUGUCAAUAAGGGGCACUUGAAUGUGGUGAAAACUUUACUCUUGUUGGGUUGUCAUCCUAGUCUGCAGGACUCUGAGGGUGAUACACCACUACACGAUGCUAUAUCAAAGGAACAUGAUGAGAUGCUCUCACUUCUGCUUGACUAUGGCGCCGACAUUACGCUAACCAACAACAAUGGCUUCAAUGCGCUACACCAUGCCGCGCUCAAAGGUAAUCCGAGCGCUAUGAAGAUAUUACUCACGAAAACUAAUCGCCCGUGGAUUGUGGAGGAGAAAAAGGAUGACGGCUAUACGGCUUUGCAUUUGGCUGCCUUGAAUAAUCACGUUGAAAUCGCCGAGUUGCUCGUGCACAUGGGCAAGGCGAAUAUGGAUCGCCAAAAUGUGAACUUGCAGACCGCUUUACAUUUGGCUGUGGAGCGUCAGCAUGUGCAAAUUGUUAAGCUACUUGUGCAGGAAGGUGCCAAUUUGAAUAUACCCGAUAAGGAUGGCGAUACGCCGCUACAUGAGGCAUUGCGUCAUCAUACACUCUCGCAGCUGAAACAGUUGCAAGAUGUCGAAGGUUUUGGCAAGCUGUUGAUGGGACUGCGUAAUCCAAACAAUAAAAAGGCAUCCGCAUCGAUUGCCUGUUUUCUGGCAGCAAAUGGCGCAGAUUUAACCUUAAAAAAUCGUAAAUCGCAAACACCAUUGGACUUGUGUCCCGAUCCGAAUUUGUGCAAAACACUCGUUAAAUGCUAUAAUGAACGCAAAACCGAUGAUUCCGAAUUGCCUGGCAAUGUGGCCGGCACCAGUUUGAAUGCGCGCGCACGCGCACUUGCCACACCAGCCGUUAUUGGCGGCGCUAAUGGUGGCGUUGGCAGUUUGAACUCCUUGCCAGUGUCUGUGGUGAGUGCUGCUGGUGGUGGCAGUGGCGGUGGCAUAACAGCUAGUAUGCAUCAAACAGUUGCCGCUAAUCUGCCAUUGGGUACAGUGAUGAAAGGUGGCCCUGUAAGCAGUGCCGGUAUGAACAGUGUUGGCGCCGAUAUGCGCAAUAGCAAUACAAGCGGUGGCUUAAAUAGCUUGGCUAAUGAUCUGACGCAAUCGCUGCAUGCCACCAAUGAUGCGGUGAAGCAGGCCCCGCUGGAAGAAUGUCUAGUUUGCUCGGAUGCCAAGCGUGACACUGUGUUCAAGCCAUGCGGCCAUGUUUGUUGUUGCGACACCUGCGCACCGCGCGUUAAAAAGUGUCUAAUUUGUCGUGAAACUGUCACAUCACGUGAAAAAAUCGACGAAUGUUUAGUCUGCUCCGAUCGACGUGCAUCCAUAUUCUUCCGUCCAUGCGGUCAUAUGGUCGCAUGUGAAAAUUGCUCGGGUCUAAUGAAGAAAUGUGUGCUUUGUCGCACACAAAUUGAAGAAAUGCUGCCCUACUCCUUAUGCUGUGGCGGCGCUGGCAUUGCCGAGAAGGUUCAUGGCGUUGGUCACUGCUUAACCGACGAUAAGUCCAACGAAAUGCAUUGCGUUAAUACUUCAGGUCACGGUGUAGCUAUGAAUAAUACUGUGCCCGGCGCUAUGAGCACGCCUAUCGCCAGCGCCAACCAGCUGAAUAGUCAAAAUAAUAUUUUGGCUAGUAAUGCUGCAGCCGCCGCCGCUGCAGGCGCCGCAACUGUGCUGGUGGCACCAUCGAAUGUCAAUAACUUUCAAGUGGACGAUGUGCAGAAACUCAAACAGCAGUUGCAGGAUAUCAAGGAGCAGACAAUGUGUCCCGUUUGCUUUGACCGCAUCAAGAAUAUGGUAUUCCUUUGCGGCCAUGGCACUUGCCAAAUGUGCGGCGAUCAAAUUGAUGGCUGUCCGAUUUGUCGCAAAACUGUGGAGAAGCGUAUUUUGCUAUUUUAAGCGUGUGUGUUGCACAACGCCAACAACAACAACAACAACAUAUUAUUAUUAUUAUUAUUAUAAACAUAUAUAUCAUAUUUACCUGCUAUUUGAAAUUCCCCACUAUCCUCUGUAUAGCAAGCGUCUACUCUACUACUUCUAUAAUCUCUGCACCUUUCACUACCAACUAUUGUAUUACAUUUGCGAAUGCUGUGUGUUAUAUAUAUCAAAUUUUCUGUAUUUGCCGCCUAACAUGCAAGUACUAUAUACUACAAAUCGCCUGUAUUUAAAACUCAUAUAAACCUUAUAUGCAUAAUGGAUAAAUGUAUUAAAACGUACAUAAAAUAUUAA